UUAAAUGGAAAUCCACACCAGCUCCAGAUCAGUUGGAUCCCACCAAGAAAUCCAGAUAUAAAUGAAUUUCUAAUAUAUGAGAUUAGCUAUUGGAAGGAUAAAUCUGGCCCUGCCUCAGAAAAGAGAGAGACUGUUAAUGCCAAACAGCAGCAUGAUCUUCAAAACUUAAAGGCGGGAAUCAGGUAUAUGGUCCGACUGCGCACCAAACCUGAUGGCAUUUCGUUUGAUGGGUUCUGGAGUGCCUGGUCAGAUGCAGUAUCAGCUGUAACUCCCUAUUCUUCAGAUGAAAUACAUUUACGAUGUUCAACCUCUGAUCUCCAGUACAUAACCUGUCAGUGGAAAGUGAAUAAUACUGAGUCUGUUGCUCUUUAUAGUUUGUACUACCAGACAAGGAAGGUGGAAUGGAAAAAAUGCAGCAAUCAAAGAAAUGCUACCACAAGUGAUGCCAUCACAUACCGCUGCACAAUUGCAACAUCAGAAGUCAAUAAGACUGUUAUUAUCAUUAAUGCAUCCUACCCAGAUCACACACAGACGUUUUAUAAAAAGCCUUUCAGGACUGAAAAUGUUGUUCGUCCCAAUCCCCCAAGAAUUAUAACGAUUGAUAUCAACACAACUGGUGGGAAGUUACGUCUCUUUUGGGAGCCACCAAUCAGGAAACUCCUGGGACAAAUGAUUUAUCAGGUCAGAUACUCUGAGGAAAAUGGCACAGACUGGAAGACACUACUUAUCCAGAAGCCAUUACACAGUGAGCUCUUGGAUCUUCCGCACAGUAAAACAUAUUACAUGCAACUUAGAGCUAAACCCAAUGGAGUCAAAUACAGAGGUUACUGGAGCAGCUGGUCAGACACCUUCACUGCUACAAUCCCAGGUUCUAUGAAUCCGACAGCAGUGUCCCUUGUUGUUGGUGUCACAUUACUUUUGGUGAUAGCACUUUUUGUGUCCCAUCUCAUCUUUCCAAAUGUCUACAGUAAUGUGAAGAACAAGCUUUGGCCACAGAUUCCAAACAUGGAACGGCUCCUGGAAGGAUAUCUCAAUGAUUUUCAGAAAUAUUCCCAGCCUUUGCAGCCUACCUGUGACAAAGGUGUUGAUGAUGAGAUCCUGCCUCCAGUUCUGGAAAUCAUUUCUGAAGUAAAUGAAAGUGAGAACAUAAAAUGUGUGGAAAUGCAAGAGGAUGCCUGUCAGAAAUACCACUUCAAUGAAUCCUCCACCAUCAAGCAACACAGAGGAAUGCCGAACCAUGAAACUGAAAAUUCCAACACCCCCAGUCAGAAUUAUGUCAUUUUAGAUUUGCAAGACUCAUCAUCUCUUCCUGAGGAAAACAGUAACUGUCACAAGAGAGACGGAUCUAGCUCAUUGCAGAAUUCUCAAUUAAGAGUAUGUCCACUGAUCUCUGACACAAAGAAUCAUAAAGAACGUUUCGGAAAUGACAUCAAUGGGAAUAAACAGUUCUUGUCAGUGCAGUCGGUUAACAUCAAUAGCAUGAAGCAACAACACCCAACAUCGUUAGUCAGUUAUGAUGACAUGUUCUAUCUCUUUGGUCACUUGAAUUUAUCAACAACUUUUGAUUAUCGAUCAAUGAGUACAACAGACAUUUCAAACCAUUCAUAUCUCCUACUUCCUGAUUUAGCCCCAGAUAUUUUCUCACAACAGUUCUCAUUGGCCAAAGAAUAA